AUGGCGCUCCGCAGGAGCGCCGACUACGUCAUAGUCGGCGCCGGCAGCGCCGGCUGCGUGCUUGCCAACCGCCUCUCUCGCACCGGCGCCUCCGUCCUCCUGCUCGAAUCUGGUGGCGCCGGCGGUGAGACCUCCUUCGACCGGCCGUCUCUUCUCUCGAGGCUUCCGACGGCGCUGGCGCUGCCGAUGCACUUCGAGGGCUACAACUGGGGCUAUCUGGCGGAGCCGGAGCCGGUGCUCCGCGGCCGCCGCGUCACCUGCCCACGCGGCAAGGGCCUCGGAGGCUCGUCCGCCAUCAACGGGAUGGCCAACCCUCGUGGCCCGCCGCAGGUGUACGUGCGCGGCCACGACCGCGACUACGACACGUGGAACGCCGGCUUCGGCGACGGCGGCGGUGGUUGGGGCGCAGCGGACGUGCUGCCGUACUUUCGGCGGAUGGAGACGGCCUGCGAGAUUGACAUCCUCCCGGGCCGGCGGGGCACGGACGGGCCUCUGCAGGUCAAGCACGGCACCAACAUGCUCGGCACGCCGCUGUACGACGCAUUUGUGCGCGCGGGCGACGAGGCUGGCUACGGCGCGACAUACGACUACAACGGCUGCCGGCAGGAGGGCAACCUUUAA